AUUGAAUUGAAUUCGUUGAGUUGGAUUCAGCAAAGCCUUCAAACUUUUUGACCUGAAAUAUUUGUAUGGAUAAUGCAGACGGAUGAUUCUUGCUAGCUUGGCCUUCGCUUUCAAAACCUUUGACUUUGAACAGAUAUCAUGGUUAGAGAUACAGUCGACCCCCUGACAAGGCGCAUUCUGCCUCACAGUCCAUGAAGACAAAACAGAGGACGAGAUUUUCAUUCUGAUGAAAAUUUUGCUGAUUUAUAAUGGAUAACAUUUGGUCAACUUCACGAGGUCGAGCCGGGUCAACAAAACGAGCUGUUAACCAUAUUAGAAUCGAGGAUGAUAACGAUAUUGAUGAAAUUUUCGAUUUCGGAAUUAUUCUUGGGCAGGGGAGUUUUGGCAAGGUUAUCGAAGCUGUCAGCAAAUCAACCAAAGGGAGAUUUGCGGUUAAAACUAUAAACAAGGAGAAAGCCGGCAGUGCUGGUGUUAAAUUACUGGAACGAGAGGUGAGCAUAAUGAAGAAAGUGUUUCACAAGCAUGUUGUACAACUGGAAGAGGUGUACGAAACUUCAAAGAAAAUGCUGCUAGUCAUGGAAUUAUGCGAUAAUGGAGGAUUGAACGAGCUUCUUAAAGAGAAGGUUCGGUUUAGCGAAGAGGAGACACUAUGUAUAAUGAAGCAACUGAUAAGUGCUGUUGUUUAUCUCCACGAGAACAAUAUUGUACACAGAGAUCUCAAGCUUGAGAAUAUUCUUCUUUGUAAACCAGAUGCUGAUGAGAAUCCAAUUAAUAUCAAAGUGACUGAUUUUGGUUUAUCCUACAUCCGAGGGGGCGUAGGAAGUGACUACAUGAUGCAACAAGUCUGUGGAACUCCAAUGUAUAUGGCCCCAGAAGUCAUCACAAACCUAGGCUACAGCGAACGCUGUGACGUAUGGAGCUGUGGCGUUAUUAUGUAUUACCUGCUGCAUGGAGAACCACCUUUCGUUGCGAACACUGAGGAGGAACUGCAUGACCUGAUAAAAAAAGCUGAGGUUGAUUACUCCAUGCCGCAUUGGGAUUCUGUCAGCAUGACAGCAAAAGAAUUAAUUAAUUGGAUGAUGAAGGUUGAUCCAGCCCGUAGAUGCAGUGCAAAGGAAGUUCUGUAUGACCCUUGGAUCAUGGGGACGACCCAUUCUACAAAUGGACCAAGGCUUAACGUUUUAGAUCUUAUGGGAGAAGAGCUCAUGAGAUUAAAGUUAGAGAGAUCUCAAAACAACAACGAAUCAGAAAAUGAUGAUAAUUUAUCCAAAGAUAGCCAUUCUUCUUCUGAAUUAUCGACAAAUAUCAAAUCGGAAAAGACGAAGAAAGGGGUGAGUUUGAAAACCUCUCAAGAUUCAAGCAGAACGUCAAGGUCAACAAAUGACAAAAAGACUUCAUCGCCUGUGCGUUUAACUGAGAAAAAAACAGAGUCAUCUUUAAAAGAAAAGAAGACAGAAAAUAAUGCAAGAAGUGUGCCGAGUUACAUGCAACCGACAAAAAGCUCGUCAGCUCCCAGAAAUCCGAACACUAAGGACAAGCGGACAAAGAGAUAACCGAAGAUUUAGUUCUAGGCCAUACGUAAAUUCAUUUUAGAACUUCAUCGUGGUGGGGACAAAGACUAAUUGGUGGCUUGUGUGAUGAACGUUCGCCUUUGGGAGACUCAACCCUUACCACUCUGUUUUAUAUUGGUUAUUCUUCAUGAUUCCUGAACAAGGCGGUCGCUUUUGCUUAACUUGUGGGAAGGAAGCCAUCGACGAAUGUUGCUUCGUAAGUUAUUGCACAAAAUGUUAGGUCGGUUACUUUUGUCACGUUAUGCCAUUUGAUAAUCGUUGCCCUAUCAGGGGUUUGAAUAUGCGCGUGCCAUUCUAGGCGGCGUCUAAAGUAUGUUUGCUUGGAUAGACUUGAGAAAAUUCCAUCGAUUUAUCCAAACGAUUGCGUCGAGAAGUAAACGAACCGUUCUAACUUCCCCUGAGUUAAAUUUCUGGUCCAGUUAGUUCCCAUUAAACGGCUGUUGAGUACUUUUUGACCGCAAGGGCUAACGGGCAACAAAACACAAAGGAUAGGUCCCUGAGGUUCUCAGACCCUUGGUAUUACAGUCUGUUGUUAAGAGUCGGUAAGAUCGAGAAUAAGUUGAAAUUCACUUGCCACGAUCUACUUUGGGAGUUCUAGAUAAUAACCCUUGCCCAUUUGCAAUGUCACCCCUGGUUCAACAUGGUUUCCAAACAAAAGACAAACGAAGCGACAUUGCUGCUUGGAAAAUAAAGCUCAUCAAAUUAUUAGCUAGGUGACUUAUUGUGUAGGGUUCAUUAAAAUAUCUUUUCGUUAGCUUUUCCAGCCAAAUUUUUUGGCAAAGAUUUCAAUUGGCACCAUGAGCUCCUUUCACACAUUUAGUUGAAGGAAAUUCAGAAGCACAACCUAACAGACUUCAAUAUAAUUGAGCUGGCUCAACUUGUAAGAUUUAGAGUGGUAAUUGUUUGAUAUUGUGAUCAUGGCUCUGUAUAUUUGUGAAAUUUGAAUGAGAAAAGUCGAGUUAAGAAA